ACAGCCAUGCGACUAGUCAUGGAGAACUCCCCUCUCCUACGCUUCAUCUCACUCACUGUCCCACUAGCCAUGUUUCUCCAGGCCAUGGCAGUGCCGUCUCUCCAAGAACAAGCAGGAGCCCUCCUUGCCUGGAAAGACACACUAGAAAGCCACCCUGCCCAGCUUCAAUUCUGGGGAAUGGGAAACAACACUAACUGGCCCUGCAGCUGGUACGGCAUCGAGUGCAGCAAGUACCAGGCAACGCACCAAGAGGUGAUCACCAAGAUCUCUCUACGUGGGCUGCGGCUGAGAGGGGAGCUCGACGCCCUCAACUUCACGGCGUUGGCGACCCUGACGAGCAUCCAACUCUCGCACAACAGGCUCACCGGGAGGAUCCCUCCCGGCAUUGUGUCACUCAGAGAGCUCCGGUUCCUGCUUCUUCAACGCAAUCAGAUAAGGGGCCCUUUAUCACCUGCUUUAGCAUCCUUGAAAAACCUACGGUGCUUAAUGCUCCAGGAGAAUAAACUCUCUGGUGAAAUACCAAGGCAAAUAGGAGAACUAGAGAAUCUUGUUUCGCUUAACUUAUCUGCCAAUCACUUGUCUGGUCCCAUCCCCAGUGAAAUAGGGUACCUAAAGAAGCUUGUCUGGUUAGGUCUUGUCAACAACAACCUCAUAGGCCCUAUUCCAAGAACUUUAGGGAAUCUCACUAAACUCACCAUCUUGUACCUUGGAGGAAAUUAUUUAUGUGGAUAUCUUCCUCCAGAACUAGGUUACCUGCUAAAUUUACGAGAGAUGUCCCUUAAUGUAAAUGAACUCAUGGGUUCCAUCCCUAAUACCUUUGGGAGUCUAAAUAACCUCACUCACUUGUAUCUCUGGGAGAACAAACUUUUUGGGCCUAUUCCUCCAGAACUAGGUUACCUGGUGAAUUUAGAAGGGUUGGAUCUUAGCAUCAACAAACUCUUUGGUUCUAUCCCUAAUACCUUUGGGAAUUUGGUUAAACUCACUAGCUUGCACCUAAGGGAUAACCAUCUUUCUGGAUUUAUUCCUCCAGAACUAGGCUACUUGGUGAAACUAGAAGAUCUGGUUAUUAGCAAUAACACAAUCAUGGGUUCCAUCCCGGAUACCUUUGGAAAUUUGACUAAGCUCACUACCUUGCAACUCAGUGAUAAUCAAUUGUUUGGACAUAUCCCUCGAGAAAUCGGCAACUUAACAAAUCUUGAGAAACUCGAGCUCUCCAAUAACUACCUCUCCGGUCCUCUGCCACCCAAUUUGUGCAUCAGUGGCCAGCUAAAGAAUUUAACUGCAGAAGAUAAUUACCUGAAUGGAUCUUUGCCAUCAAGCUUGUUAAACUGUACAAGCCUGGUCAGAGUUCGUCUUGAAAUGAAUCAACUAGAAGGAGAUAUUUCUGCGAUGGGAGCUCAUCCAAAUCUAGUGUACAUAGAUAUGAGAUCAAACAAAUUAUUUGGUCAAUUAUCUUAUAAAUGGGGGGAGUGUCGUAAACUUAACAAACUAAGUAUCUCAAACAACAACAUCACGGGUAAAAUACCCACAAGUAUGGGGCAGCUGUUUGGACUAAGGAUACUUGAUCUUUCAUCAAACAAGCUUGAAGGGGAGCUUCCAAGAGAACUUGGCAAUCUUAAAAAGUUAUUCCACCUGAACCUCGCAGACAAUUCGCUCCAUGGAAGCAUACCACAAGAAUUUUGGGCAUUGUCCAGUCUGGAGUUUUUAGAUUUGUCAUCAAAUUACCUAAGCGGUUUGGUACAAGGAUCAAUUGAGAAUUGUUUAAUGCUUCGCUCAUUUAAUUUGAGACAAAAUAACUUCAGAGGAAGCAUCCCUUCCAUGUUAGGGGUGUUGCACAACUUAAUGGACAAGUUGGAUUUAAGUGAAAAUUCAUUUAGUGGGGCAAUACCAAGCCAACUUAGUAGUCUAACCAUGCUAGAAACUUUGAAUCUUUCAAACAAUGAACUUAGUGGCUUGAUCCCAUCGUCAUUUAAGAGAAUGGAAAGCCUGACAUUGAUUGAUUUAUCUUAUAAUGAAUUAGAAGGGCCAGUACCAGAGAGUAAACUCUUCCGAGGAGCUCCAAUCCAAUGGUUCAUGCAUAAUAAGAUGAUAUGUGGUGUUGUGAAAGGAUUGCCCCCUUGUAGUAGUCCAACCCAGAAUGGAGGGAAGAUGAAAGGAUACAAAACACUUGCACUAGCCAUGGUUACUACUACGAUAUGUCUUGUUCUUGUUGUAUAUAUAUUGGUGUUCCGACAUGAGAGGAACAAAUCAAAGUCAAUUGUCAAUUCUAGAGUUACACAAGAAAAAGUAUUCUCUAUUUGGAGUUUUGAUGGGGCAAAUGUGUUCAAGCAAAUUGUGGAAGCAACCAACAAUUUUAGUGAGACCCAUUGCAUUGGAACAGGGGGAUAUGGAUCUGUCUACAAAGCUAGAGUUUCAGCAUGUGAAAUAUUUGCGGUGAAGAAGAUACACACGAUACAAGAUGACUGUUGUGUGAACGAGGCAAUGUUCAAUUCUGAAAUAGAGGCAUUGGUGCGGAUUCGACAUCGAAACAUCGUCAAACUAUUUGGGUAUUGUUCCUCUAGACAAGGAAGGUUCCUUAUCUAUGAAUAUAUGGAUAGAGGUGACUUAGCGGAAAUAUUGAGAUCCAAUGCAAGAGCAAUCGAGUUAGACUGGAGAAGGCGGAUACAUAUUGUACUGGACGUGGUUCAUGCUUUGGCAUACAUGCAUCAUGAUUGUUCGUCACCAAUAGUCCACAGAGAUAUAACGAGCAACAACAUUUUGCUUGAUCUGGAAUAUCGAGCUUGCAUUUCGGACUUCGGUACUGCUAAAAUUCUCGAUAUUGAUGGCCAGAAUAUUACAAGGCUUGCAGGGACAAAAGGCUAUCUUGCCCCAGAGCUAGCAUAUACAGACAAUGUGACAGAGAAAUGUGAUCUAUAUAGCUUUGGAGUGCUUGUUUUGGAGUUAUUUGCAGGAUGCCAUCCAGGUGAUUUGCUCUCAUCCCUCUCAUUGAGAACCAAAAAUAAUGAUGUUUACUUAAAGGAUCUGCUGGACUUGAGGCUCGUGCUACCAGAUGCCGCAACCACUAGAGAAAUAUACUCCAUGCUCAGGGUUGCAGUUCAAUGCCUUGAGCCGAGUCCAUCACGCAGACCAACGGCACGGCAUGCCAGUGACGAGUUAUCAACGAUUAAAGCAUGUGCAAAUCAUAUUGAUUUUAUACAUGCUAGGCUCAUCAUUCCUACACAGUAGUGCCUAUGUCUAUGGAUGACGUGAUUGUGCCAUGUAAUUUCUUAUAUACCACCUAGGUACUUCCUUGGAAAGCAUAGUGAACUUGAACUAAUGUAAGCAUCUUAGUACCAUAAUUAAACUAGGUAUAAUUCUUGUUAAUAUUAUACAAUGCAGGAUGUAGGGUUUUACCUCAUGACGAGGGCCCGAACCUGGGUAAAACAUUGUGUCCCUACUUCU